UGACAACUCAAACUUAAGUAUCCGUUAGCAGCGCGUGGAUUGGAAUAAUAAGCGGGGCUGUCGUAUUAGCCAGGCAGGCAGGCAGGCAGGCGAGGGAAGAGGAGGGGGGAGUUCCAGAAACCGAUGGGCCGGAGUAAAUAAAGAAAUGGGUAAAAGUCCGGCGCUGUAACUCGCGGGUCAAAAGGUGUGUGCGGUGUGCCCUUUACUCGCGUCCUCCAGUCCUCCUCUUAGACCUUCUCGUCCGCCCGUGUCUUCCCUAAGAACCGACUCCCGCAGCGACCCCCAAAACACAAGAGAGUGAGUGAGUGAGAGAAGAGGCGAGCAGGAGCGGAGCGCAGCGGAGUGGAGCUUGUGCAGCCCGUUGUCGUGCUCGUCCCGUCGCGUCGAGUCGAGUCGAUCGCUGCUGCUGCUGCUGCUCGGGCGGUGGGUGCUGUGGUCGAUUAGCUUUGCUUGCCGCUGAUCUGCUGCUUCUUUCUCUUGCUUCUUCUUCGUCUUCCUCGGUGCGCGCGCGCGGUGGUGGUGGAUCUGGGACUGGGCUCGGGCGAUCGAUCAGUGAGGGUUGAGGUCGAGGAAUUUGUGCGGUCGGUCGGUGGGUCGGCGGGAGCGAGGGAGUCGAUCCGAGAGAAGGAAGGGAAGAGGCGGGUGGGGGGGGGGAGAACGAAGGAGGUGUUGGACGAGGGGAGCCGAGAUGGGGCUUACGUUUACCAAGCUGUUCUCGAGUCUGUUCUCGAAGAAGGAGAUGCGGAUCUUGAUGGUAGGUCUCGAUGCGGCCGGAAAGACGACUAUCUUGUAUAAGUUGAAGCUCGGAGAGAUCGUGACCACCAUUCCUACCAUCGGGUUCAAUGUAGAGACCGUCGAGUACAAGAACAUUAGCUUCACCGUAUGGGAUGUCGGAGGUCAGGACAAGAUUCGUCCUCUGUGGAGGCACUACUUCCAGAACACACAGGGUUUGAUCUUCGUGGUUGACAGUAAUGACAGAGAUCGUGUCGUCGAGGCCCGCGACGAGCUGCACCGGAUGUUGAACGAGGACGAGCUCCGCGGAGCCCUCUUGCUGGUGUUCGCUAACAAGCAGGAUCUGCCCAACGCCAUGAACGCAGCUGAGAUCACCGACAAGCUCGGCCUGCACUCUCUGCGCCAGCGCCACUGGUACAUCCAGAGCACAUGCGCCACUUCAGGAGAGGGUCUGUACGAGGGGCUCGACUGGCUGUCGAGCAACAUUGCCAGCAAGGCUUGAUUUACAUAACACAGCCUCAGAUGUGUUAGACUAGAGAUGGGAAGAAAGCCUUAUGGUAGUUCAACGCAGACGUGGUCACUCAAACUCGCUGGCGCCAGCUCUAGUGAGAUUUCUCUGUGAUAGUCAAUCGAUCUCACUCACGGCAGUUGUGAGGUAUCUGUGACGGUCAUUCGAUCUCACCCAAGGCACUAGUGAGAUACCUGUGAUGACAGGAGUUGUUUAUAUUAUGAUAUACAGUCGCAGAUUCUUACCUUCACGUUGUUGAUUAGUGACAUUUUUAGGUCAACGGGAUCGGUCUUGCGCGAAAUUCUUUGUUGUAUUUCUUACUUCCACUCAACAAACCUCGAAGUCAUUGCUUUCAUUUGUCUACUCUUCCUAUGACGCUCAUUGAUGUAGAAGCAGAUACAGCGAUUUUCUGGAAGGCGCUGUUCAAGAUAGUUUGUUGAACAGUCUCUCUCCCACUGUGCGCGGUCGUACGUACACGCCGCGUAGAUUUGGAAGUUUCUAUAAAAGCUGGUUGUUGUGAGCGAAAGCCU